AUGGGGCAACAGUCGCUGAUCUACGCCUUCGUGGCGCGAGGCACGGUGGUUUUAGCCGACUACACCGAAUUCACAGGCAACUUCACCAGCAUAGCUUCUCAGUGUCUCCAGAAACUUCCUGCUUCCAACAACAAGUUCACUUACAACUGCGAUGGGCAUACUUUCAACUAUCUUGUCGAUAACGGCUUCACUUACUGUGUGGUUGCUGUUGAAUCCGCUGGCCGACAGGUUCCAAUUGCCUUUCUGGAGAGAAUUAAGGAGGAUUUUAACAAGAGAUAUGGUGGAGGAAAAGCUGCAACUGCUCCUGCAAACAGCCUGAGCAAAGAGUUUGGGCCAAAAUUGAAGGAGCAUAUGCAGUAUUGCAUUGAUCAUCCAGAGGAGAUUAGUAAGAUUGCCAAAGUGAAAGCUCAAGUUUCAGAAGUCAAAGGAGUUAUGAUGGAAAACAUUGAGAAGGUUCUGGAUCGUGGCGAGAAAAUUGAGAUUCUGGUGGAUAAAACAGAAAAUCUUCGUUCUCAGGCGCAAGAUUUCAGGCAGAACGGAACCCAGAUGAGGAGAAAGAUGUGGUUGCAGAACAUGAAGAUAAAGCUGAUAGUUCUUGGAAUCCUUAUCGCCUUGAUUCUCAUCAUCGUACUGUCUGCUUGUGGUGGCUUCAAAUGUUGAUGAUGCUUAGUCUGCUACACUCUAUUGGCACUCAUGGAUUGCUGUUGCUGCAGUCAAUAUUGAUGCUCUUCCUAGUUGUAGAUUUUUUUUAUUACACGUUCUUUUCUGCUUUAGCCUAUAUCUGAAGACUAUGUGCUUGUAUAGUUUAUAUAUUUUGGAUUCUUUUGAUAGCAUUAAAUUUGUUGAUGUGCGGAAAUUUGAUAAGCAUCUAUUGGAAAUUGAAUUUUGAUAUAUAAAAAAAAUUAAAGAAGGUACUUUCAGA